AAGUGUGCUUACUCUAGGAUGCAGGCAGGGUGAAAAUGGUGCCUCAACUGGUUUUUAAAAUAUACACCACUGAUAAAGACUUGGUCAGAGCCAUUGCACUGGUGUCUUGAGUGUUCAGAGACCUUUUAUGAGCUCCCAUGGUUGUGUUAAUAGUGCACAUCAUAGUGCAUACAGGCUAUUCUUGGCAGGCACAUCAAUAUUUUUGCUGGAAUGGAAGAGAUCCAUAUCUUGUCCACAUCUCCUGGUGUUUCUCCAGAGGGUGGAUUACCAGAGUCCAAAUGGCUCUCUUGAACAGGCAGUUGGGUUUAUCCUUAACCCAUCUAAGCGGUACGGUGAUCCAGCGGCACUUAAGUAUCACUGGAGCAUGCCAAGCAAUACAGAAGCUCACCCGUGUGCGAGUGGUGGACAACAGCUCCUUGGGGAACACACCGUACCACCGGCCACCAAAAUGUAUCCAUGUGUAUAACAAGACCGGGGUUGGAAAAGUAGGAGACAAGAUCCUUCUGGCUAUUAAAGGAGAAAAGAAGAAGGCUUUAAUUGUAGGGCACAAAAUGCCUGGUCCCACCAUGACACCUAGAUUUGAUUCCAACAAUGUGGUACUCAUAGAUGACAAUGGAAAUCCAUUAGGGACUAGAAUAAAAACACCAAUACCCUAUAGCCUGCGACAGAGAGAAGGAGAGUUCUCCAAAAUACUGGCCAUUGCCCACAACUUUGUGUGAAAGAUAAGAAAGGUGUCUGGCAACUGUGUUUAUAUGCUUUCAUACAGUAGCUGUUCCUUGGUCCUUUCCUAAGAAAGAAAAUGGUAAAAAGUGAAAAAGUUGAGGUUCGUCAAGAGUCUCUUCAUGUAUAAGAAUUGCAGGCAACUAAUUUAAAUGUUGGAAUAGCUUGAUUUGCUAUAAAAGAAGGUUGAUUUAUUUCACAGAACAUCUGCAGUGUGUCUAUAAUCAUUAAAAUGAGAACAUGAAAAUCCU